GUAUUAUCUCUUUGCGCUCGUCGUGAACCUGAACCGGGAUGCCUACGAGAUCCGGAUCCUGAUGGAGCACGAGGCGAGCGGGAGGCGAACGAAAGGCAACGAGAACGGCCGCCAGCUCCGGGCUGACAACGGUCUCCAACAAUUGGGCUUGAGGCUUCAGGUCCAGCUCCGGCUUUUGAUCCGUGUCCUUCGGAACAACCCUCCUCUGCUGCUGGAUGUGGUGAAAAACAUCUGCGACCUUUUUAUCCCCCUGGACAAACUGGGGCUGUACAAAACCAACCCGGGUUUUGUGGGGCUGUGCGGCCUCACCUCCUCCAUCCUCUCCAUCCUCACCAUCCUUCAUCCCUGGCUUAAAUUGAAGCCUUAG